GUGAGGAAGAGGGGCUUCAUUUGAACGCUGCUACAUGCUAGAAGAGGUCUGGUUCCUGAGCUCAGGUUUGAUCCCGGUUCUGGACUAAAUCAGAGAUGAGUUCGGCAGAGAGUCUCAGAGAGUUCGUGAUCCAGAGGCUGACCGCAGCAGCGGAGGACAUUUUUGUAGUUUUUAGGAGAACCAUGGUGGAGUACGAGGAGGAGAUAGACCGUCAGAGAAGACUGCUGGAGAUGACCAUGAAACCUCAGAGACCGGACCAGACCAGGGACCAGAACAGGGACCAGACCAGAGACCAGACCAGAGACCAGACCAGAGAUGUUCCUCUUCAACUCGUGUGUAAGGAGGAAGAACAGCAGCUCUGUGACCAGGACAGGAGCUCCAGCCUGGACCAGGAGGGUCCAGAACCUCCAGCCAUCAAAGAGGAAGAAGAGGUGGAGGAGCUGGUGGUGAAGCAGGAGACGGACACGUUCAUGUUGAUUCCUCCGUACGAGGAGAGUGAAGAGGACCCACAGAAAGACCCACAGCUCCUUCAGCACAUCCCUGAGAAUCCAGGUCCUGAAGGAGGUCGGUCCACAGACCCGGAUCCAUACGCUCAGACCUUCAGCUACAGGUCAGCUCCGAGUAAACCCACGGCCAUGACUGGAGAGAAACCGUUCUCCUGUCAGACCUGUGGGAAGGACUACAGCUCCAGCCAGUCCCUCAAAGCCCACAUGAGGACCCACACAGGCGAGAAGCCGUUUACCUGCAGCACGUGUGGGAAGAGCUUCAGGUUUAACCAGGCCCUGAAGGCCCACAUGAGGACCCACACCGGAGAGAAGCCGUACUCCUGCUGCUUCUGUGGGAAAGGUUUCUGCCACAGCGUCAACCUCAACACUCACAUCAGGAUUCACACAGGUGAGAAGCCGUUCACCUGUGAAACCUGCGACAGGUCCUUCAGGUUAAAGGCGGAUUUAAAGGUCCACAUGAGGACUCACACGGGGGAGAAACCGUACUCCUGCAGCACCUGUGGGAAGAGCUUCUCUAGGAUAACACACCUGAACAGGCACUUUCAGACUCAUGUGGGGAAAUAACCGCUGGUCUCUGACCCCUGGAUGGUCUUUGGGGGUAAUCAGACUCUUCCUGUCCGUCUGUGACCGUGGAGGAUUCACCACAGCCACAAAAAAACAAAUCCCUAAAAAUAAAUGUUCUAGCUUUAAUAUUUCUCUGUAAUCUUUGAUCAUUAGAAUCUGACUGAAGCUUUUAAAUCUGCCGUUGUGGUUCUGGUUUCUGUUCUGAACCUCUUGUGGCCCUCCUGCAGUACCUCCAGACCCCACUAGGUGGCUGUGAGAUAAACUUGAACACUUUAAUGAUUUUUGUACUAAACCUUCAUGAGCAGUGAACUAAAACUAUCAGUUUAACCUGGAACAUCAGCUUCUCCUCUAAAUCAGCAGCUGUUAGAAUAAAAUCUGAUCCUGUUUAGAGGGAAACGCCUCACUCUGUCAUCUAGGAAUGAAUGAAUGGAUUAUUGAGCUUCUCCUCACUCUGUCAUCUAGGAAUGAAUGAAUGGAUUAUUGAGCUUCUCCUCACUCUGUCAUCUAGGAGUGAAUGAAUGGAUUACUGAGCUGCUCUGUAAAUAUAAACAAUGUGAAGAUGCUUUUAACCACCAGUUUCUCUAUUUAUUCACAAUGUGUCCUGAUGUUUUACUGCUUUGAAAGUUCUCUUUAGUUUUGUUUAGAGGGUUUUAAAUCUCCUCAUCAGCUGUAAAUGUGAUUAUAAUAAAAACAGUGAUUAACAGAAGCUUCCAGAAGAUCUACAUUCCUCUGUAGAUGUUGUCUUAUGGCUGUAAUAAAGGCACAGCAGAGCACAAAUACAUCUGAUGAAGAAAAACCCUGAUAAUGAAAUCAAGAUUGACUUUAGUGUACCACGCUGUUUA